AUGGAGAUGGCCAGCAAAGGAAAAGAAAAUGUUAUCUUUGUGGUGUGCUCGGACAAUCCUACAUGGGCGAAGAAGCAUCUCCCAGCAUACGACAAAGGAAUGAUAUUCGCCUGCCCGGGAGUUCAUCGCGAAGUCGACAUGGCAAUUCUUUUACACUGUGACGCACUUGUCCUCUCUACUGGCACUUUCUCUUGGUGGAGUGGAUUUCUCAACACCAAGUCCGAAAAG